AUUUGACAAUCUCCUUUCUAGAUUCCACCGACACGUUGCUCUCAACAUUGCAACUUACUGCUACGUUCAGCGUGGACGCCCAAUCGUAUCCCUUGAUACCGGCUUUUGCCACAGGUCCAGGCACUGCUUCUAUCGCGACGGACUUGGUCAUCGAUGCAUCAGCGUCAUUGGAUACCGCAGACGUCUGUUAUGUCGCAUCCCUAAUAAGUUCCACGGCACUAUCAGCAUGUUAUAGGUUGAAAGGAGCAGCGUCGUAUUCAAAGGUACCCCCAAUGACCUUCCAGUUUUCCUGCCGCAUGACACCAUCCACUAGUGACGGUACAGGAAACUUUUGUGUUACCAACGGGACCGCCGGGAACGUUACCUGGAGACAGUCCUCUCCCAUAUUGACUGUUCCCAGGGCUACGCUGAAACCAGGGCAAGUCUGGUUUGAUGUGCAGAUUCAGCGAGACGGCAGACGCGCUAGCACCACGACUUCGUUGUCCCUCGUACUGCGAAAUACUACCACCUUCAUCACGCUGUCGUCGUCGCUUGCGUUCGCUACUGGAAACACCUACUUGCCUGCAAAUACCAUCGUGGUGGACUCUGCGGCGGUCAGUAAUCCAGCCAUACUGGGUUACAAUUGGACUGUCACCCGCUACAUUGGAUCCACACCUUUAGACAUUGUUCAACAAGCAACUGGAAGUCUCCUACGGUUGCUAGCGUCGAGCUUGGGCGUCGGGUCGUAUAGCGCCAAUGUGGUCGCUUAUGCCCUCAACGAUCCCUCCGUGAAUGCAAGCAGUACCACAACCUUCCAAAUCAUUGAUACAUUGCUGGCGGCGGUGGGCUGCUCCUUAUCCCGGAACGCCGGCCAAGAAAUCACUACGGUCUUUGCUGUGCAGGGAUGCUCAACACCUUCCAUUGGAACCUUAUCCUUCUACUAUUCCGUUAACGGCGCCGCGUACUCGACACCCAUCAGCAAUCCGGCUUCAUUUACGCUUCCCGCAGGCAAUGUCACUGUCCAAGUCGUGAACACACUGCGGCAAGGGUCUGCGCAACUCUUGUCAACUCCCCUGGUGUUGAACGCGACCGUCGCAAGUAUGGCCCCUUUGGACGCUAGCAUUGUCGGAUCGACGUUCGCGAAUCUGGUUUCAUCCUCCUCCGACCCAACGCAAGCUGCAGCUGCCGUGUCGGCUUUCACUGCUAGUUUGGCAACAGUCACGGAUCCCACGUUGCGGCAAUCAGCGAACCAAGCCGUCAUGCUUUCUAUGAUAUCGACCGUAUCAGGGGACGAAACCGCAGCGGACGCGGCUGUGAAGACGCUCAUCAUUGCUCAGUUGGUGAGCGGCGGCUCGGGCAGCGCUUAUGCGACUGCAGUGUCUGAGACGGCAAAGGCCGCAGCGGCUGAGGCUAUUUCUUCUCUCGCUCAAGUUCUGGCGAAAACUGGAGCUACUCCCGACGUGUUACAGCAGGCCGCAGCCGCAGCCAUCAGCUCCGUCCCAGCUCUAGCGAGCGCUGCAGGAGCACAACAAUUGACCAAGACGCUCAAUUUGGUCGGGCAAGCACUGGCUGGUAACCUCCCUCCUGGAGAGACCGCUGAACUCACCGCUGGUGAUACUCGUAUCCUUGUGUCGCCCACUACCCCCGACACCGUUCCCUCGACAGUAGCUGUGAGCAGGGUGUCCAGUACGCUCCGUAUCAGGAAACGAAUAACUGCAUCUGCGGCCUCAUGCUCCAUAGGGCUUGGAAGCACAUUAGGGACUGCGUUAACGAACGCUGGUGUACGAAAGGACCAAAAAGUCGUCAUUCAAUCCACUUGCAGCGGGUCUAGUGCUUACCCCGUCGAUGCGCAGAAUUUGACAGCUCGGAUUGGCGGCGCAUCAUAUACGUAAGGGAGUCCUCUUAUCGUUCUCGCAUGGCGUUUGCUUUUCCUCUUCCCGAGUCUAUCAAUGGCCUCUCAUUGUAUUCUCCUAACUUAUUUCACCCCGUGACUGUAGACUGACGGCGGGUGUCGUGGGGUUGAACGUCAUGAUUGACGAAACGCAGUUCAACAACGUCCUUCAAACUCCAAUCACCAUUACCAUCCCUGCUUUAUACACCGCGACCGCCAAAAAGAAACGCGGUCGUUUCUUGGGGCCUCGAGCGCCCAGCACCGUUUCCACCGCUCA